AUAACCGUAAACAUGCACGGAAAGAUCAUCUUCUACGAGGACAAGAACUUCCAGGGGCGUUCCUAUGAAACCAGCCAGGACUGCCCUGACAUGUCGUCCCACCUGAGCAGGUGCAACUCCUGCAGGGUUGAGAGUGGCUACUUCAUGGCCUACGAUCGCAACAACUACAUGGGAAACCAGUACUUCAUGAGGAGGGGCGAGUACCCUGACUACCAGCGUAUGAUGGGUUUCAAUGACUGCAUCAGAUCCUGCCGUAACAUCCCCAUGCACAGAGGAAACUACAAGAUGAGGAUCUAUGAGAAGGAGAACUUCGGAGGUCAGAUGCAUGAGAUGAUGGAUGACUGUGACUCCAUCAUGGAUCGUUUCCGCAUGUCCGACUGCCAGUCCUGCAACGUGAUGGACGGUCACUGGCUGAUGUACGAGCAGCCCCACUACAGAGGCAGGAUGAUGUACAUGAGGCCUGGAGAGUACAGGAACUUCAGGGAGAUGCAGGGACACAAUGGAAUGAAGUUCAGUUCCAUCAGAAGGAUCACCGACUCCUGUUAAAUUCACAG